CAGGACAUCCUCAAGCAGCCAUCCUGUCUACUGAGCGCCUGCGUCGAUACUCAGACAGGGCCCCUAACCGCAGUGAGCUUGUAAUGUGGUGGGCGACACAAGCAAAUAGUUAGGUAAUUACACAAGCAAGAAAGGAGCCCUGGUGGCGCAACGGUUAAGCACUGACCUGCUAACCGAAGGGCUGGCAGUUCAGACCCACCCAGCGGCUCCGCAGGAGAGAGACCUGGCAAUCUGCUCCGGUAAAGAUUACAGCUUAGAAAACCCUAUGGGGCAGUUCUACUCUGUCACAUGGCAUCGCUAUGGAUCAAAAUUUACUUGGUGGCAUUUAACACCAACGCACAAGCAAGUAGGUGAGUGCAGGGGUUGCCCAGUCCUUCGAAGGAAAACUGCUGGCCCCGAAUGAGCGAGCCCAGCAGGGGCCUGAUGUAGCCCUCCUGGGGGUCAGGAACGGUUCCGUUGAAGAGGUGGCAUUUAAUCUGAGAUCUGAAGGCUCUCCACCUGUCCAGAGCGUGGUGACUUCAGCCAAGUUACUCAGCCUCUCAGGGCCUCUGUUUCCUCUUUUAAAAAGAGGAGAUACCAGUGUCUCUUGGGGCUGUGAUGAAGAAAAUAAGCCAGUCAACGCACAGAAAUGUGUCGCCCAGAGCUUGGUAAGGCUGGGAAUUGCUGGUUACAGUUAUUGCUGUUUUUAUUCCCUGGUUCUGCUCCUCUCCUUCCCAGCACCUCAGCUGAGAUCUCAGUGAAUAUGGAAUGAGCAGGUUGGCCACGGAGCCUGAAACUCAGGCCCUGGGGAGGGGCCAGAGCUACUGCAAGGUGCUCUGAAGGCUUGGCAAUCACCAUCUAGCCCCAGUUUUGUUCUCCUAGGCAGACUUGAUUAGGUAAAGGUUCUGGAGCUUGGACAGAGCUGGAAGCUACCCCAGCUUCUGAAUGUGGACUUUCCUCCUCCCUUGCUCUCCUCUGACCUGCAGGAGGCCUCUCUCCGCUUCACUCUGUCGGGCACAGGCACUGAGGGGCCAGCCAAGCAGGAGAACUUCAUCCUGGGCAGCUGUGGACCAAGUGAAGGGCGUGCUUACUCUCCAAGGGGAUGCGCUGAGCCAGGCGGAUGUGAAUCUGAAGAUGCCCCGGAACAACCAGCUGCUACACUUCGCCUUCCGGGAGGACAAACAGUGGAAGCUGCAGCAGAUCCAGGACGCCAGGAACCAUGUGACCCAAGCCAUUUACCUGCUCACCAACCGGGACAAGAGCUACCAGUUCAAGACAGGAGCUGAAGUUCUCAAGCUGAUGGAUGCCGUGAUGCUGCAGCUGACCAGAGCCCGCAACCGGCUCACCACCCCGGCCACCCUCACCCUGCCCGAGAUUGCUGCUAGUGGCCUCACGCGGAUGUUCGCCCCCAACCUGCCCUCGGACCUGCUGGUGAAUGUCUACAUCAACCUCAACAAACUCUGCCUGACCAUGUACCAGCUUCAUGCCCUGCAGCCCAACUCCACCAAGAACUUCCGCCCGGCAGGAGGUGCUGUGCUCCACAGCCCCGGGGCCAUGUUGGACCCUCGUACUCCCCACAGUGAGUGGGGCUCGCAGCGAUUGGAGGUGAGCCACGUGCACAAGGUGGAGUGCGUGAUCCCCUGGCUCAACGACGCCCUAGUCUUCUUCACCGUCUCUCUGCAGCUCUGCCAGCAGCUCAAGGAUAAGAUCUCCGUGUUCUCCAGCUACUGGAGCUAUAGACCCUUCUGAGCAGAGCGCGCAGGAGCCUGUCUCCCUGGCACGUGACCCAGGGCGUCCUGUCCCACCCCUCACACCCUGUG